AUGUCACCGAGGCAAAAAACAUCAAAGCUAUCAGUGUUGAUAUCCCUCUCAUUAGUUCUUUUAAUCAAUAACACAUACGCAUCCGAAGUUAUUCUGUCGCGACUAGAGAAUUUUGACACUUGCGGAGGAGAAUUUACCGGGUACCAGUACACCAUAACAAGUCCAAAUUACCCCAAUAAUUAUUCAGAGAACCAAGACUGUGUUUACAAGUUACACGGCAGCCCGUUUGCCAAGUGCAAUCAAAUAUUUCACGUGCAGUUUUUAAACUUCACCCUGCGUUCGUCCAAAAAUUGCCAGCAAGAUUAUCUCAGUAUUGACGACCGCAGCUUUUUUUGCGGCAGUGUCAUUGGAGUGAAAAGUUUCUCCAGUAAAAAUAACACCCUGAAACUUCAAUUCCACAGUGACAACGGCUCUGACAAAGGAUUCAAGCUGCUCAUCACAACAUUGCCAUGUUCAACACUUCCAAAUUCUUUGCACAAAGUCGCGUUCAAACAACCGACGACCAAAUUUGCGGAAUCAGUUACCAACCACCCGAGCAUUGAUUACGAAAAAGUGUACCCAGUUUACCGACCAAACAACGUAUUCAGUACGGAAGAUGUUAAAUCAAUCAAUAAUAUAGGAUCAUCUCCAAAAGUCACCGCCUACUUUUACCAAGAUCCGGAAUUUUAUUCCGUAGAUAAGAGUGAAAAAUUGACACCAUCCUCACUCGAGUCGCUUCCAAAGCCAGAAAGUGCGUAUUACACCAACAUACAGAACUUAACCAAGUUGACAAAGUCAAAAAGCAGUGUUGAUAAUAACAGAAAAUUUAAUGAAAAGUUAAUAGUGCCAUACAAUUCAUACGGUGUACCAGCGGGAAAGCCCUACGCACCAUUGCCGGGCUUCUCGCCGGCGCAAAUUCAAACGGGUGAAGUGUUGGAAAUAGAAAGAGAUAACAUUGAUUGCGAUGGUAAAGUCAAUAUUCCCAAUAUUGGAGUCCCAUUAUCUGAACAGCCGUUUGACAACCCACCCGUAUUUGACGACAAUUAUCCUAGUGUUGUUUCACCGGGAAUAAAUUCAUAUCCCGCGACAACUUAUGGCGCUCCUGGAUCACCAAUUCCGCCACCACCGGUUGCUAAUGUCCCGUUUAACCCCACUGACAUUAAUUACAACGAUAACGGCUUCCGUGACCCAUUUUUAAUUACUCCGCGACCAAACUUUGAUGAUAAUGUUAAUAUUAAUAAUAAUAAUAAUAAUAAUAAUAAUAACAAUUUCAUUCCGUCAACAAACAUCGUGGGCGCGCCAGAAGUUCGUCAAUGCUGCAACAACCAGUACAACUCCCCAAGGUUUCUGAUAACAAGCCCCGGUUUUCCGUCACUGUUCUACUCGUCUAAUUACUACGACUGUAUUUAUACAAUAAAUCCUCUACCUAAUGCAUGCAGAUUGCGAAUUAACUUCAAGUAUUUCAACCAUGGACUCGACGAGGCUUAUUGCCCAAAUGGAUUCGUUGAAAUUGACGGGAGAAAAUACUGCGGCUGCAAAACGGGCUUGACUUUAGUGGUUAAUGUCUUCAAUUAUCAGUCCAAAUUUAUUCGCGUGCGCUACAGCGGGUAUCCAAGGACCAAAUUUGGUGGGUUUGUCUUUGAAGUCACGCAAGAAUUUCCGUCAGGGCCUUACAAUAACUACCCAUACUUGUCCCGUAGCAAAAAGUCCGCGGAAAAUUUGACGAAAACAGAAAUUUUGAGCACAGGAAGGACGAAGCGGGAGUUAGGGUACUUUUAUCCGAAGCCAAACAUUGUUUUCAAUGAACACGUACCAGGUCACCGAGAAAUAGGCAAUGUUGUCCACGGAUUUGUAUCUCACGCAGCUUGUUUGGCGUUAAAUUUCGCGAGCUGGACGUUAGCGAGCAAAGAAGUUUAUUCAAGAGGAGCCAGAUGUUUUUGGAACAAUGGAAAUGGACUUCCUGGGGUGAUAUUGUAUCCGAGUGGCGGAAAUAAUGGUUGUUUGUCUCCGAACAACAAUUGUUUGCCUCAAAAUAACAAUUGUUUGCCACCGAAUAACAAUUGCUCGCCACAAAAUAAUUGUUUGCCCCCGAAUAUUAACUGUUUACCGACGAACAAUUUACCUGGGCCUAUAAAUCCACCGACAAAUCCAGGAUAUUUGCCCCCAGGACCAAAUUAUCCGAACAAUAAUGAAAAUAUCGAUGUACCGCCAGUCUCAGUGGUCCCAAAUUAUCCAAACUCAGGAAACGGAGCCCCUUCUGGGAAUUGCAAGCUAGUUAGUGUAAAAGAGGGGAUAAUAUCAUCACCGCUGUACCCUUCGGAUUAUCAAAAUAAUUUGAACGUUUGCUACCGAUUUGUCCGCGCGCCAAACCACUGCAGACUUCAGAUAUCUAUUUUAGACUUUGACUUGGAGAACAGUCUCAAUUGCAUCAAAGAUUUCGUGAUUUUUGGGAACCAAUUCACUAGAUAUUGCGGACGAUCUGUUGCUGGAAGCAAAACGCUCCUGAGUUUUCCACGUAACGACAUAAUUGACGUACGAUUUGUCACGGAUUCAUAUGGCACAGCAAGAGGGUUCAACAUCGCAUUCUCACAAGUUUCAUGCACGCUUGGAUAA